UGGGGCCGCGGGAGGGCUCAGCCCACGGGAGGCGCUGAGGGACAGCGCUGUUAAGCGAGCGCCGCCCCGCUCUCCGCGGCGGAACCGUUGGGGGCGCUGAGACGCGGUCCCGGGCUGCUCGCGCGUGCGAACCGCGAGUCCGUGUGUCUGCGAGUGCAAGCGCACGCACCCGCUCUCUCCUCUGCCGCGUGUAGCUGAUGAGGCCACACGUACCUCCCGUGCCUGCAGACACACUCCUCGCGGUCGUUAAAAGUUGGAGAACUGUGGAACCACUGGAGUAUUACAGGAGAUUUCUAAAAGAAAACUGCCGUCCCGAUGGAAGAGAACUCGGUGAAUUCAGAACCACAACGGUCAACAUAGGUUCAAUCAGCACGGCUGACGGCUCUGCUCUAGUGAAGCAGGGGAACACCACAGUCAUUUGUGGGAUUAAAGCGGAGUUUGCAGCACCACCCCUAGAUGCCCCUGAUAGAGGAUAUGUUGUCCCUAAUGUGGAUCUACCACCGCUGUGUUCAUCGAGGUUUCGGACUGGACCUCCUGGAGAAGAGGCCCAAGUAACCAGCCAGUUCAUUGCAGAUGUCCUUGAAAACUCACAGAUAAUUAAGAAAGAGGACUUAUGCAUUUCUCCAGGCAAGCUUGCUUGGGUUCUAUACUGUGACCUUAUUUGCCUAGACUACGAUGGAAAUAUUUUGGAUGCCUGCACGUUUGCUCUGUUAGCAGCUUUAAAGAAUGUUCAGUUACCUGAAGUUACUAUAAAUGAAGAAACUGCUUUAGCCGAAGUUAAUUUAAAGAAGAAAAGUUAUUUGAAUGUUAGAGCAAACCCAGUUGCCACUUCCUUUGCUGUGUUUGAUGACACUUUGCUGAUCGUUGAUCCUACUGGAGAGGAAGAACACCUGUCAACAGGAACCUUAACAAUAGUAAUGGAUGAGGAAGGCAAGCUGUGUUGCCUUCACAAGCCAGGUGGGAGUGGACUUACUGGAGCUAAACUUCAGGACUGCAUGAGCCGAGCGGUUUCCAGACACAAAGAAGUGAGCAGGCUGCUAGAUGAAGUCAUUCAGAGUGUGACACACAAAUGAACAGCCACCACCAUUGCAAACGCUGUAAAAACUGUAUUUGUCACACUGUGCACAGGCUUUUUAUACUAAAUAAAUCACAAACUACAUUCUUUUGGAAAA